AUGAAAAUUUCUACAAACUAGAAAUCAUCGAAUGUUUAUGUGAUACAGCCUUUUAUUACAACUUUCAAUAAUAACUAGAUUGAUGUUGUGAUUCGAUUGUCAAUUGCACUCCACGACUCCCAUCAUUUAUCGAUGGUUUGCCACAAUACAACCAUUACUACGGAUUAGACGUUCCCAAGAUGGCUGCCAAGUCACAAUGGCCGUUGAAAUUCGAGGAGGUCACAAAAAGUUCUAGAAUAUUCAGUCGUUUUAACGGUUCUUGUCCAAACGUCGUAACGUUUAAUAAACUUUGGUGGAUUAAAAAUAUAUUUUGGCCCUCUUACUCUAUCUUCUGUUUUUACAUAUCGACAUAUACCGUCAUUUACUUUAAUUUCAAAAACAAAAGCUAUGCUGACGCCAUUAGAAACGGUACGAUGUCCAUCGUAGGUUUGACUGUGUCCUUGAAGCAUUUGCUGUUACUUCGUCACCGUGGAUCUAUUAAAGAAAUCAUCGAUAUUAUGGAAAGAGAUUAUGAAGCAGCCAAAGAUUUCUCUGACAACGAAAAGAAAACAGUUAUAAAAUACGCUCAACUUGGUACUGGUAUUUGUAAAUUCUGGGUAGUCGUCGCUAUUAUCACCAGUAUGUUGUUUCCAGUUAAGGCGAUUGUAUUGAUGGCUUACUACCUUUUUAAAGGGGAAUUUCAACUGGUGCCUUUGAUGGAUUUGAGUUACCCAUUCAUAGAUGAAUAUAAAAAUAUUCCAAUAAUGUUUUGCAUACUCUUUUUCUCUUGCUUCUGUUUUGCAAUGUAUGCAGCAACGAUGUACAUUGCCUUCGAUCCUCUCGUGCCAGUCAUUAUAGCCCACAUUUGCGGGCAGAUGGAAUUAAUUAGCAAUAGAUUAUUAAACAUCUUUUCGGCAGCGAAAAAUAUGGAAGACAUACAUCAAAAUCUAAAGGAAAUCAAUAUGAAACUUAUGGAAAUUUACAGUAUUAUCGAAACUUUGCAGAAAAAUUUUGUGGUUCUGUAUGAGUUUGUCAUGAAAACAACUACUUUCCUGAUCUCCUUCAGUGCCUUUCAAAUAGUAGAGGGUGCGAAGCAUAAUGGAGUGUCAGUGGAGUUUGUGUCGUUCUUCUUCGGCGCAAUUUUACACUUUUACAGCCCUUGCUACUUCAGUAAUCUUUUGAUGGAUAAGAGUGAAGGAUUGCGGCAAGCGAUAUACUCUUGUGGCUGGGAGAUGAUUCCUAACACCAGAAUCAGAAAGACCAUCUUAUUGAUGCUUACCAGAACAACCAAGUCGUUGGUCAUCAGGACUGUGUUCGUGCCUAUUUGUUUGGACACAUUCGCAGAGAUGGCGCGUCAAGCUUAUGGAAUCUACAACCUAAUGAAUGCUGCUUGGGGAUAGUGCACCGUAUCUAGUCUGCAUCUACCUUUAUUUUAU